GAGCUGAAGUGGAGGAUUCUGGAGGUGACAGCAAGGAGAGUACGCAAUUGCGAAGGGCGCCUGAAGCUUCUGCGCCGAUACCAGGCGGGUGGGAGACAGGAAAGGAAGGCAGCGCGGGGGCGCUGCGGGAGGGCUCCGCCAGGGCGGGGGGUGCCAUGUCUCGCGAGCGGUCCCCCCGCACCGACAUCCCCCGCAACCUGAGCUUCAUCGCCGGGCUGACAGAGCGCGCCUACUACCGCAGCCAGCGGCCCAGCCUCGAGGAGGAGCCGGAGGAGGAGCCUGGCGAAGGCGGGACGCGCCUCGGAGCCCGAUCCCGAGCUCCCGCUCCGAGUCGGGGGCGCAGGGCUCGCUCUGCGCCCGCCGGAGGCAGCGGUACCCGGGUGCCCCACAGCCGCAGCCCCAACACCCGUAAGAGAGUGCGUUUCGCUGACGCGCUUGGGCUGGAGCUCGCCGCUGUGCGCCGCUUCCGCCCGGGAGAGCUGCCCCGGGUACCCCGCCACGUGCAGGUCCAGCUGCAGAGGGACGCCCUUCGCCACUUCGCGCCGUGCCAGCCCCGCGCCCGAGGUCUCCAGGAGGCGCGCGCUACCCUAGAGCCGGCCAGCGAGCCUGGCUUCGCGGCCCGCUUGCGGGCGCAGCGAAUCUGCCUGGAACGCGCCGAGGCUGGCCCGCUGGGCGUGGCCGGGAGCGCGCGCGUGCUGGACCUGGCCUACGAGAAGCGCGUGAGCGUGCGCUGGAGCGCUGACGGCUGGCUGACCCAACGCGAGGAGCCCGCCGCCUACGCCGGUCCGGCCCCGCCCCCGCCGCGCGCCGACCGCUUCGCCUUCCGCCUACCGGCGCCACCCAUUGGUGGCGCCCUGCUUUUCGCCUUGCGCUACCGCGUUAGCGGCCACGAGUUCUGGGACAACAACGGCGGUCGUGACUAUUCUCUCCGUGGGCCCGAGCACCCGGGCAGUGGUGGAGCCCCGGAGCUCCAGGGCUGGAUCCACUUUAUCUGAGACGCCUGCGGCCGAUGGCAGAAAAAAAUUAAAGGCACCGGGGGGCUGGGGGAGCCCGAAGAUUUGGUGGGGGGGAAUGGGAGAAACCGAGAUUGGCGGGGAGCUGCCCUAGAGAGUCAAGCCCGGGAGGGCGAGGAGGAUGGGGGAAACCAAAGGGGUGUGGGGUGUGGGUAGAAUCAGCGAAAGUCGGGGAGGUUGGGGUGGAUGUGAGUGGAGGAACCCAAGUCAUAGAAGGAGGGAGAUGGAAAGAGUGCUGGAAGAUUAGAAAAGAAGCAAAAGGACGAUAGUGACGUUCUCUUCCGUGAGUGGGCAUUGGGAGAAAGUGAGUAGGUCCGUCAGGCCUAGGCAGUCAAAGGUUGAGGGUAACUCUUGGGGACUGAGGACGUAUUUUGUGUGAACUAGGAGCCUACCACAGUUGAAAUCAUUUAGUUUGCUGGCUCAUUCCCUCUUCUUACUGGCCUUAGCCACCGCAGGUUCCCCAGCCCUGCCCAUCCUAGCUUUCUUUAACUCAGCCAUAAUUGCCUUGCUUAAGUCCCAGGAACUUGGCCAUUGCUCCCCAGCCCCUGACAUUAUGACAGGAUUCCCUUGUCACCCCUGCCAGCCCCUAGCUUCAGUCUUUACUGACUGGCUAGGGAGUGAUGGCAGGUAGCAUCAGAGCUCCUUCCUCCAGGUUCCAGGCUCCAGGCAGCCCUGGGGAUGAAAAUGAAAGCAAAACCAACUCCAGGCUUGUCCUUGUAGCCAAAUAAUGUGGUACCUAAGGGGUUGGUGCACUCAGGGGCUUCCAGAAAAAUGCCAGCCUUACCUUUCUGGGUGCCUUCUAAUGACCUCUAAGCACUUUAUGGACUGUAUUUGUCAAGAGACAGGUGAAUCACAGGAUUCCUUCUGCCACAGAAGAAAAGGAAGUCACUGACUAGCUGGAUAACUUUGGGCAAGUUACUUCACCUCUCUGGGCCAGAGUUUCCUCCUUGAGAAACUGCAUUUGGAUUAGGUGAUCUCUUAGGCCCCUUCUUGCUCUGACAUUUUAUGAUCUGUGAGGGGCAGCGUGUGGAUUAGAAGCCACAUUCUCCAGCCUACAGUUGGAGUGCUUAUAGUUCAGAACACACAGCACCCCUAGCAUGUGGUUGGGCCUGAGAAUGGUUCUCCAGUUUUUGACACAUGUUUCAGAGCGCAGGAAGCAUCCAGUCUGCAGCAACCAGCCUGCAACCUCAGGGUAUUCCAGGGCCUCUUUCAAACCACAGCUCAUCCUCUGCCCCUUGCUUUUGCUCUUGCCCCAACAGACUUCCAGCCUGGGUGCUAUGAGACAGCUUUGGGGAGGUGCCUCUCUAGGGGAAAAUGAUGCUUGGGAGCCCCCAAAAUGAAAGGAAACAAUGUUGGGGACUUUCUUGAGUAUAAAGGAUCAUAGGUAUAAGAAACAGAAAACAUUUCAAAUCAAGAAUCAGAGCAUCUUGAAAAUAAAAUGGUACCAGAAGAUGGCAGUCUGCUCCAUACCUUGAGCAAGUGAAAUGGGAAAGCUGGACUCUUUUACCCAUUCACAUUUAUGCCUUAUGUCUCUCUUGGUUAACCUCAUCUGGUUGUUUGUUUUUCCUCUCCUCUCAUCCUGUGUCUAAGCUCUUUGCCUUUCUUUUUCCUUGUCUCCUUCUCAUCACUUUCAUUUUUCUUUUAGCAUAUACGGUAUUUACCUUCACUUUCUCUAUUUCCAUCUGCCUCCCUCUUCAUCCUUGUUGAUCUCUGCUAUUCCUUCUCCCUCCAGAAGGAGUGGAGAACCUACUUCCUUUUCUCCAAGACCAUGGUUGAUCCACCUUCCUCCCUCAGGCUCCUUCUUGACAGUCUUCUAGAAGG